AUAGAAGUAGAUAGCCACAGUGAAUGUACGGACGCACCCGUCGAUGUCACUCAUUGGCUCCACUCUGCCUUCCACCUAUCUGUCAGACAGUUGCAGACGCGCUGCCUCCCCCUCGCCAAGCUCUCAUGUUGCCGAUUCUGACUGGAAAUAGAAAAAUAUACACACCGCUGAACAAUAACUCAAAAGUUAUCGCAGCCGGUCACGGAGGGGCAUGAGAGCCUUGUCCGAGGCCAGUGCCGUUGCUUGCCGGACCCAGUGCUGGUGACGGGGACAUGGGCCUCUUCCUUAGGGCUUCCAGCACGACCCAGCUCAACACAAGCCAGAGCCUCAGCCACCAGCUGGUCCAGCACCAUCCAGACACCCACGGCAGCAGCAGCACCUCGAGUGACCCUGCCUCAGAGGGCUUCACCCUUCUCUCCGGCGACACCACCCCACGGCAGGCCCAGCACCCAGCACCGCAGCCGGAGACUAGUGCCACUAUGAGAGGUCUGGAGACUGAGGAGAGCCACAAUGCCAGUGCCACACCGACACCAGCAGGGGGAGAAGAGCCAAGCCUGACCAAGACAGAUUGCAGGGAGCCGGCAGAGACCCAGCCACAGGCCCAACCUCAGACCCAGCUCCAACCACAGAGGUCAGAUGAGAGCUGCUGUCAAGAGAAGGAAACUCAGCAGCAGACAUCGGAACAGACAGGAAAAAGGCUCAAGUCUAACUCAAAGUUAAAGUUAGUUCGAAGCCUGGCUGUUUGCGAAGAGUCCUCUCCUCCUCCUAUUGCUACUGAUCUGCCUCGAGAACAUCAGGAGAACAUUGAGAUCCAGUUCACCCAGUCGUUUGACAAAGAGGAGUCGUCGUCAUCGCCCAUCAAGAAUGAAGUGGACCAAGAUAAAGGAGUGGAGAAGCUGCUGGAGAAGACUGAARGGAUGCCCAGGAAGAUGCUGUCCAGAGAUUCCAGUCAGGAAUACACAGACUCUACUGGGAUCGAUGUCCAUGAGUUCUUAGUAAACACGCUGAAAAACAACCCCAGGGACAGAAUGAUGCUUCUGAAGUUGGAACAGGACAUUCUUGACUUUAUCAGUAAUAACGAAAGCCAGAAGAGAAAGUUCCCUCCGAUGACCUCCUACCACAGAAUGCUGCUGCACCGCGUUGCAGCCUACUUCGGCCUCGACCACAACGUCGACCAAACCGGGAAAUCUGUAAUCAUCAACAAAACUAGCAAUACGAGAAUACCUGAUCAGAAGUUUUCAGAACACAUCAAAGAUGACAAAACUGACGACUUCCAAAAGCGGUACAUUCUCAAAAGGGACAACUCCGGCUCAGACAAAGAUGACAAUAUGAUGCGGAUGAGACUGAAGGAAGACAGGAGGAGUAAGUCUAUAGAGGAACGAGAGGAGGAUUACCAGAGGGCCAGAGACAGGAUAUUCGCUCAAGAUGAUCCAGAUGGCUUUCCUCUUGAAAAAAGAAUACAGGAGGAUGAUGCCUGUAACAGCACACAGCAAAGACGGCAAAUCUUUAGGUUAAAAGAUGGCCGCUCGGCCAACAGUUGCCAGAGCAGCUCUGAGAACGAGCCCAAGAACGCUGAACCCCGGCCGUGGAGCAGCACUGACUCUGACAGCUCAAACCGUAACCUGAGGCCAGCCAUGACCAAAGCAAGCAGCUUCAGCGGCAUCUCUGUCCUCAUCAGGGGAGACAGCUCAGGCAGCAGCAAGAGCAUGGGUCGCCUCUCUAAGACUGGUUCUGAGUCUUCGGGUAGUGUAGGGUCCUCCACGGGUUCACUCUCUCGCUCCCAGCCAACCCACCCUGUCCCGGCUCUAACCAAGGCUGGCUACCCCCACAACCACUCUGCGCUUCCCUGCCCAGCGGCCUACCCAGCUGUCUGCGCUAGUAGUACUGUGGUCUAUGAGGCGGGAGGCAGGAGCGUGGCACCGCCAGUGAACACAGCUAACACUAGCUACUAUUUGCUUCCUCUGGAAGCCACAGGGAUACCGCCAGGGAGUGUCCUGGUCAACCCACACACAGGACAGCCGUUUGUGAACCCGGAUGGAAGUGCUGUGGUGUACAACCCCAACCACGGCAUGGCUCCUCAGCAUCAUAAUCAGCAGGGCAGGACCCAGCAGCCCAUUCCCACUCCUCCGCACUUGCCUGGCCAGCACCAGCCCACCAAUCACAACCACGUCCUCGCACAGCCGGUCCGGCCCCUCCAGCCCUCUGCUCAGCCUGUCCAGUACUCGUCUGUCUCUUACCCAUCUCAGCUCCUCUCCGUCUCCCCUGACCAACUAUACACUGUGCAAGAGAACCUGGGAGCCCAGUUCAGCCACAUGAGUCUGUCCCGGCAGGCCUCUGGGGAGGGCCCCUCCGUGGUGCUCCAGGCCCCCCCGCAGCAGCAGCAGGGCUUCAUGGUGCCCCCCCAAGGCCAGCCUGUCCCUGCCCCCCAGGCCUACAACACCCCCGCCCCUCCGCCUGUCAACCAGCCACUCAUGCAGCAACAAGGUUACAUGCAGCAGAUGCCAGCGUGUUACUGUGGGCCAGGCCAGUACCCCCUGUCCAACCAGGGGUACAGGCCUGUGGGCACAGUGCAGUAUAGUGCCCUGCAGAGCCAGCCAAUGCCCCCGCCCACACAACAGACAGGUUACCAAACUGUGAUGCUCAAUCAUCCACAGAGCUAUCAGAGUAUGAUAGUAGUGCAACAGCCACAGAGUCAAAACCCGGUCAGUGGCCAGCAGAACCCGGUCAGUGGCCAGCAGAACACGGUCAGUGGCCAGCAUAGCAAUAUGGGACAUCAGAUGCAAGGCAUGAUGGUCCAGUAUCCCUCUAUGUCAUCUUAUCAGGUAUCCAUGCAGCCCCAAGGCUCCCAGGUUGUACCACAGCAAACGUAUCAGCAGCCUAUCGUCAUCCACAACCAGUCCAACCAGGGGCACAUGGCUGGCUCUGGUGUCCAGGUUUACUACAGUGUUAUCACACCCAAUCAACAGAGCUCCUCUGUAGAGUUCCUGCCUCCCUCCGGAUCAGAGCAGAUGUUGUUCCCUCGACCGUCCUCCCCCUGCAGCUCCCAGCAGCCCCUCCAUCAGACACAUCAGUGCUCAGGUGGUGGAAUGGUGAUGAUGCAGCUGAUGUUGUCCCCUGGCCAGCAGCCGAGGCCUCACACGCCCUCGCAGUGGAAACACAGCAAGUACUACAGUCUGGAUCACACCAGAGGACAGAAGUCCACAGAGCUCUCAGUUAUAGACACCUCACAGAGCAGUCCCCAGCUGGGCAGUCCCUCCACCUCCCCCGCCCAGUCGCCAACCCCCUCCCACCUGACCAAUGUGAAGAGCAACCGUCCUGGCCUCACCCCCGUACCCAUGAUGCCACAGUUCUCCAGACCCUUCGUGCCAGGGCAAGGAGAUGCUCGGUACCCGUUGCUAGGGCAAUCCCUCCAGUACAACCCCCAGAGCCGUCCUCCUCUCCUCCACUUUCCCCCCAUGGCCCCCAACCAUCAGGUACCUAUGGGGAUACGGCACAGCGGUGGAGUAGGCAGAGGGAGGAAGCAGCCGAGGAAAGCUCUGUCUACAGAUCUCAGUGUAGGUCAACCAGGCAGUGAGUGGGCGGGUCCUGGAGGUGACUGAGCUGCCGGAGGGGAUCAGCCGGACCGAGGCGGACUCUCUGCUAGGUGAGCUCUCCAGAGCCAGGGCCGUGGUCUGAUGGCUCCGAGAGCACCACUACCAUCACAGCCGCGGGGUCUGGCAGUCAAUGGCUAACGGUGACCACCACCACCAUGCCAAACCCCCCCACCCACCCCCACGGUCAAACCCCUGUCAACCCAGCCUCCACCUAAACCAUCCUGGCCACGUUCCCCUUCAGAUACGCUGUGCAGAUGCCCUCCUCUGCCACAAUGGCCCACGAGCCUCCAUCAGACUUACCACGAACAGGUGCCACGGCCCGAGGUUACGGCCACAGACACUCCCCGAGAGGGCCAGCUCACAGUAGAGGGCGUUAAGGACCCCUGGCUCGCCUUUUAAACCCUGACCCCUCACCAGCACCGCCAGUCACUUCCUGUUGCCAUCACUCCCCCCAGCCCCUCCUUUCCCCCUCCCUCUUCACUCACUAAGUUGGCUUGAUGUAAAGGGUUGUUUUUCCACUUGAUUUGUAGAGACUUGUUUGGGGGGAAUGUGUUGUACUUUGUUAUGUUCUUACUAGCGGUUUGACGAAAAAGAACAAAAUGUAACUGAACAUCCAAAAACCACAAUUAUUGAAGUUCCAAAUAUUAAUAACCUGUCUGCUCUCUGUUUUGAGAACAGGCCGGAACAUAUCAAAAGCCUGUGUUUUUAUUUUAUUUGUUCAUUUGUUUUAUAGUUGUUGAAAUCUUGAGUCAGACCCAAAGCUCAGCUCUCCAUUAUUACUCACCCAGCCCAGUUGCAGUGUCUGGCCUGGUUCAGUUUAACUCAACCAAACCCCAGGGUAGCUUACUAUCGGCCAGCCUGCCACCACCCACUUGCCCCAUAUUGUGGCCGGUACAUGAUGAAGUUGCCCUCGGCUACACAAUGGUCUCUAGUUGUGCCUUUCUCUCAAGUCUACUGCUUUAUUCUCCAAGAAACUCAAAAUGAAGACACCCCAGUCAGAGUCUAUUGUUAAAUGAAAAGACCUGCACCUUGUAAAUAAUUUAUAUAGUAGCUAAAUAAUUCAAUCAGUUCUCUUUUUCACAGUGAACGUUCUGUAUGUGUGUUGUUCACAGGCAGGCACAGAUGAGAGCAGCGGGGGAAAAAGGCUUGUUUGAAACCCCUGGUUUUUAACUUCAUUUAAAAUGACACUCCUCCACCGCAACGGCAUAUUUUAGCAAUCAUCUGCUUGGAUGGCCUCCUCUCUCUCCACCACACUGUCCUCCCUCUCCUCUUCUACAAGGCCUACAGUGUCAAAUCUUUCAUUAGGUCUUUUUAAAUGAUAUACUUACUGGGUCACUGGAAGAAAAAACAGUUUGCACAUUUAUACAACUGAAUAUAUAAAAAUGAUCUAUUUUUCCUUUAAUUUCUCUCAAAAAUAAAACAAAUGUGUGGAUUCUGAAAGGCUGUUCAAUGCUGGUGCAAGUCAUUUUUAUUUCAUUUUGAAACCAAUAAAUGUUUACACCAAAAUAUGUGGGGGUUUUUUCAGAUCACAGGAAGUCCUUUGAAAUGGAUGGGUACUCUUGCUUUCUAUCUGUCCAGAAUCUCCAUAUGGCUUUGGAUGUCCUCUUUCAUGAUGUUUAAACUGACGAUUAAAAUGUAUUUUUUUUUAUCAACACUAGGUAUAGUCCUACUUCAGAUGUCAGUGUAAGCAUAGAGAGUGGUUUGUUUUGCUAUGGAUGGGCAUGUGGGUUUUAUACUUGGUCUUAUCUAAUUUGGUCUUUGGUUGGUGCUGUUCAUCUCAAUCCAAAUUUUAUAGGGUCAUUUGUCUGCUACAUUAACCUCCCACCAACCUCAUCUCUUCCAAUGCCUCACAGUUCCCUCUUCCACCGUCAUAGUUGCCAGAAACAGUUUAGAAUGGAUGGCUUCUGCUGUGUUCAAGACAACUGGGAAAUAAGAAACAUUUGGACUGAGGGAAGAAGAAAAAUAAUGAACGGUCAACCAACUUUCUGGAGCUCGAACUUUCCAGUUGUCUUGAACACACCAUUCAUCGCUCUGUCUUAUCCUUCAUGUGAAGUCUGUUUUGUCGUGGCAUUAAGGUUCUCCAUUCUGAUUCUGAGAUUUAUUAACGGAUAAUUGAACCAACAUCUAGAGUACUUAGCUCUGUGUUGCAGCCAAGGUUGGUGAAAUGGCGCUUUUGUAAUUGAGGAAAUUCUCUCAGCAAUAAAUGACCCUUGGGUUGUUUUGUUAUGAUUAUCA